CACUUUUAAGAAGAAAGAAAGCAGACUUUCUUUCUUGAAACGCCCAAGCAUACAUAUUUAUAUAUACUUACUAUCUAUAUGUAUGUAUGCAGGUGAAAAACGUUGAAAGAAAAAAAAAACUAAAUUGAUUACAAAAAUUACUAAAAAGGAUAUGAUGUUAAAUGUGGAAACGGAUGUGUAGUGACUGCCAGCGUAUACAUUUUCAAUUUCUUCAGUUUCUGCUUCUCCUGCUGACGCGCUGCUAAUAGCAACGGUCGUCGUAACUUCGUGUACUACGCUGAUGCUUUGCUUCUGCAUACGCUUCAUCCACAGUGGUGCUAUUUCUUCAGCGUAUACGUCUGAUGCUGCCACUGUUGCUCUGCUUCUUAGCUUCUUCAGCGCUUCAGCUGCUUAUGGGUUUUGACAAAAAGAAAAAAAAACGGAAAAAAGGGAUAUUUUCUCUAACAGUUGGUACUUGGUCUUUUGCCUCGCCUUAGUUUUCGCAUUGGCGCUCUUUCACUCACGCGCUCUCGCUCGUACUGCCGCUCUUUACAAUUUGUAUAUUUUCUUGUGUUGUAUAUUCACCACACCCUAAUGUUGUAUGAGUGCGUGUUGUUACUUUGAAAAUUACGCACGCACACACACACACAUACACACUGCGAUAGAAAUGGCAAACGAAGCAUAAGCACGUGCACUUAUAUGACGAAGUCAAACGAAUACUCGCAUGCGAUUUGUAUAUGCACUAAGCAGUUGUUUGUGUUAUUAAGCAUGCAAUAGCAACAAUGCAGUUUUUGUCCAGCUGCUGUGAGAGCGUGUACAGGAAUUCACCUAUAUUGGUUGGGAAAUGGUAAACGCCUGUUGUUGCUAACACUACAUUAGUGUUGUUGUUUUUGCCAAAUUUGUCGUCAUAGCUGUGCUACACACAAACACAUAAAAGUAUAGUAGAAGUAUAGUAGAACUACCCACUAGCACAGCUGCUGCAAUUGCCGUGGCUGCAAGCGCAGACUUACUUUGUUGCCUACUUUUGUGCGCGCCACCCAAGUGCCGAAGUUCGGUUCAGUUGUUGAAGUGCAGCCAUGACGGGUAAAUAAUUUACAGCAGCUUUCGUCUGCUACUCGCUCGGUUAAGUGUUGCGGUGUCGGCUUUAACCAUAUAUAACGGCCAUACGGCAAAGAGAUCAUUACAUUGCCUUUACAGCAACAGGAGGGAGUAUUACAGAGAUGGCAACGCUAAAGUGGCGCAUACCAAGUGGCGGCAGCGGAAUAUCAGUGUUGCGUUGUUGAAUCUAUGAUAAAAAAUAAUAAUAAAACAAGAAAUUGUUGCUAUUUACUGUGCAUCACAUACAACAACCAUAAACUAGUUGCAUUGCCUUGACUUCAACUGUCAAACAACCUGACUAAGCAAAAAUUAGCAUUCUUACAUCAUUAGAGUGCUAAUCAGAUAACAACAAGUGCUAAAAUCAACAAAAGAUCUACCUAAUAUCACAACAAAAACGCAGAACAAUAACGAUACUCCAAACAAAAGUCAAAAUACCAAAAACAACUUGCAAUAGAACAAAGCAACAAUUUCCAUAAUUUCAUUUGCUAAACGAAUUAGUCAAAUAGAGAUAAUGCUAAUCACAAAACAAUAAAAGCAACAAACCAAUAUCACCACUAAUGCGUAUCGACAGCAAAAUUCUUAUUGAAUGACAACUGCAAUUGCCAGAUAUACUACAUAUAUACUCGUACUAUUGGAGCGGAGAGCAGAUAAUAACUAGUUUACACUGCGCAACAAUUGCUUGUAAUUACGGCACUCAACGCAACUGUAAAUUACAAAUACAAACAUACUCUAACUAAAUACAUCCAAAAGCAUUUCCUCAUCGUUCAAAACAUGGGCUCCGGUCAUUACAUUUGGGCGAUAUUCUUUUUUGCCAGUUUAUGUAGUGCAUCGCUAGCUAAUAAUGCCAAAAUAAAUUUCCGAGAAAAGGAGAAAAAAGUCUUAGACCAAAUUUUAGGUGCAGGAAAAUAUGAUGCCAGAAUACGUCCAUCCGGAAUUAACGGCACGGAAAAUGCGCCUACUCUUGUCUAUGUCAACAUGUUCCUACGGUCAAUCUCAAAAAUCGACGAUUACAAAAUGGAAUACAGCGUGCAAUUGACUUUCCGCGAACAAUGGACCGAUGAGCGGCUGAAAUUCGAUGACAUACAAGGUCGCCUCAAGUAUCUAACAUUGACCGAAGCGAAUCGUGUAUGGAUGCCCGAUUUGUUCUUCUCAAACGAAAAAGAGGGCCAUUUCCACAACAUAAUCAUGCCGAAUGUUUAUAUACGCAUCUUUCCCAAUGGUUCCGUAUUGUACAGUAUUCGUAUCUCACUGACGCUGGCAUGUCCAAUGAAUCUGAAAUUAUAUCCUUUGGAUCGACAAAUAUGUUCGCUACGCAUGGCUAGUUAUGGUUGGACCACAAACGAUCUGGUAUUCCUGUGGAAGGAGGGCGAUCCCGUGCAAGUGGUUAAGAACUUACACCUACCUCGCUUCACACUUGAAAAAUUCUUGACUGAUUAUUGCAACAGUAAAACUAAUACGGGUGAAUACAGUUGCCUCAAAGUCGAUCUACUAUUCAAGCGAGAAUUCUCAUAUUACUUAAUCCAAAUUUAUAUCCCAUGCUGUAUGUUGGUCAUUGUCUCAUGGGUGUCAUUCUGGCUUGAUCAAGGCGCCGUACCAGCACGUGUGUCAUUGGGUGUGACCACGCUGCUCACCAUGGCCACGCAAACGUCUGGCAUAAAUGCCUCACUGCCGCCUGUCUCCUACACGAAGGCGAUCGACGUUUGGACCGGCGUCUGUUUGACUUUCGUCUUUGGCGCUUUGCUCGAAUUCGCGCUGGUGAACUAUGCCUCCCGUUCAGGUUUGAAUAAAGCUAAUCGGGCCGCAGACAUACAUAAGGAGAAUUUGAAAAAGAAACGUCGCGAUUUGGAGCAGGCCAGCUUAGACGCUGCUUCAGAUCUGCUCGACACUGACAGUAAUGCAACAUUCGCAAUGAAGCCACUGGUGCGUCACCCCGGCGAUCCGAUGGCCCUGGAGAAGUUGCGCCAAUGCGAGGUGCAUAUGCAGCCGCCCAAACGUCCAAACUGCUGUAAGACCUGGCUAUCAAAGUUUCCUACAAGACAAUGUUCUAGAUCGAAGAGAAUCGAUGUUAUAUCACGAAUAACGUUUCCGCUGGUCUUUGCGUUAUUCAAUUUGGUCUACUGGAGCACAUAUCUCUUCAGGGAAGAGGAGGAUGAGACCUUCUAAAGGUGUUCCGUUUGUGUGAUGUUCAUAUCUAUGAAAAUACAGCAGUGCAGAAAACUAGGCAUAAGAAGCUAUGUAGAAUCGAAAAAUCGUAAAAUCAAAAAAACGAAAACGAAAAAAGCAUUACGCGCGAAUAACUUGAAAAAUUAAGUGCCAUGCAUGCAUACAUAUUAUACAUACGUACAUCGUGAAAGAACGGCAGUAAACGCUGACAGCGAGAGUGGCAAAAAUAUAGCUCAAUAAAAAUUAAUAUUUAUUUUAACUAUAAAAAUUAAAUUAAUUUAAUAAAAUAGCUAAAAUGAUUGAAAUAGGCAAUUUAUGCACGUAAAUAAGCUAAGCAGGUUAACAAUUAGGAGAUUCAUGUAUGUAUAGCGAAUGUCAUCUAAUUAACAUAAACAGUCGUAAAUUUAAUCAUUUAAUUUAAGUUUCUUAUAAUAACAUUUAUUUUGUUUAAAUCGCGGUUUGUUAAUUAUAAUCUAACUUUAGAUAUGUUUCAGAGUACCGCUUAAUGCAGUCAAUGCAACAUUUUACCCUCUAAAUAAUAGUCUAUACAUUCCGCUAAUUGACUUAAUUAAGCGACUAUCUGAAACGACUAUUAUCGUACAAGCAAUUAGUCAAACAGUAUAAAUGGCCAUGCUCAAGUCGUAAACACAUUAUCAGCUAUAUGGAAGAAUUAAAAAAGAUAACAGAUUUUCGCCAUCGAUUUCAAAACAAAAUUCUAUAAAUGGUUUACAUUGCUUAACCCAGUUUUAACUUUUUUUGUCACAUGAAAACUCAUAUAAAGUAUUAAAUAUAGUAGAACCACUAAACAAUAAUAUAAGAAUGAACAAGAAAAAACAUUAACUUCGGCUGCACUAAUGCCUAAUAUAGCCUUCACAAGUGUAUUUCUGUUAUUAACUAUGUGUUCAAUUUGUAUGGAAGCUAUAUGCUAUAAUUAACCGAUCUGAACCAUUUUUUCGGAGAUUAUAUUAUUACCUCAAGCAGAAAUCCACGUCAAAUGAGGAAGUUUCCCAUGCAAGCAUUUCUUUCCGAUCUUUCAAUUUGUAUGACAGCUAUAUAUUAUAAUGGUCCGAUAUGAGCAGCUUCUUAAAGAGAAAAUGAAGUUUCCAAAAUUUCAAAAUUAUAUCUUGAAAACUGAGGGACUAGUUAUUACUGAAUAUAGAGAAAACUUAUGAUUUUCGUGAUUAUUUGGCUUCUGGUGUAGUUUUUUUAAGUCUUCAGCAAUAAUCUGCUAGCAUUCCUGCGUUCCAUUUGUCUUGAUAGCGCUUCUCCGCUAUGAAAAUGUUGUGAUGAAAGCUCUCACCUUGUUUGUCACUCACCGCACCGAAAUUUGCGAGUAAAAAUCCCGAUAAGAAUUUAGCAUAUGCAUUUUUAAAGAAAAAGCUUAAAGAUUCCCAAAGUUUUAUAGAAAUCUUCGUAAUUUUUCGAUUUAUGGUUAGGUUUUAGAAUAUUUUGGACAAUCCACACAAAACAUUUCCGAACAAAUUUUUCCUGCUUAUUAUAUCGUUCUAUAUAUACUACGCUCUAUCGUCAUGUCGUCGUAAAAUAAGACAGUUAUGUAUCAGUAGAAACUAAAUUCCAGUCCUUUCAACUAGACGCCAAAAUUUCAGCCGGUUUUUCAAACAGAUUCCAAUCACGUACCAAUCAGUAUGGCUCUUUUGAAGUUGAUGGUUUACAAAUUGGGUUACUAUCUUCAGAAACUUCAUCGUGCUGACUUAGAACAAGUUCCGGAUGCUUUAACACAGGUAGUUCGGCAAUACUUAGGAUAGGUCUGUUGGCCAAAAAAAGUAUGGAUACUGAGUAGUGUAUUUGGACUUGGUGGUAAUGGCUUUUUUUUGAGUCCAACAAGAAUAACAAUCAGUUGCAUGAUCCUUUAAUUUGGUCCAAAUCAUUGGCACAGCAAAUGCUAUAUGUCUGGGUUCUUGUUUAGUCCAACCUAGUAACACACACAUACCUACAGAACAUUUAUAUGGUACUCAGGAUUUAUCUUGAUGCCUCACAGAAAUUCCGUUCAAUUAAUGACGUGAAAUUACGACGCUGAGAUUUUUUCAUUAAUUUAAUUUUCAUUUGAUUGUAGUAUUUUUGCCUAUAAUUAUCAAUAAUUUACGAAUGUUCUUAAAUAUUCGCUUGAAGAAAGUAUUUUGACAUAUUGUACUUAAAUUUCUUGCAUUGCAUUUUCAUAAAACCCAUUUAUUAUGACUACUCGUUCAUCUCACUGUUUUAAGAAAACUUACUGCAGAAAAUUUAGAAAAUUCAUGUCUGAAACUGCCAAAAUUUUCAGAUUAAUAGCGUAUACCAUUAUUAUAAAUUUUUGGAAUUAAUAUCAAUUGUGAAACAGAGAAGAAAUUAUGAUUAAAGUUAGACAGUCUUAGGCUUCAUUUUUGUAUUACUAUAAUAUGGCGAAAAAGUAGUAAAUCUUUGCGAGUUUUCUAUCGAAAAUUUAUUUUAGACGCCGUCUUUAACGCACUCUCACAAAAAUUUACCCUAGUUGCCGACGUCAUUGAAUCUCUAGCUGAAAAAUGAGAGACCAAUUAUAGGUCACGAUAAUUUUUUUUAUUAUUUUUUUUAUUCCUUUUAUUUUAAAUUUUUUCGCAGUCCUUGAAUUCAGUCAAUUAGUGCAUUGUAUAGACUAACACAUAUUUGGGAAAAUGCUGAUUGACUAAAUUAGCAAAUUGUUCGAAAUGUUCCUAAAUUGAAAUGCGGUUAUUGCCACUACUUUACAUUUCUUCAAAAAAUAUUCGCACCAAAUUUUAAGUUUAUUAUUUAAUUUUCUUUUUUUAAUUAACAAAAAAUCGGAACAUACAUUUUUGUUAAUCUAAGUCUAAAUGUAGUCUUAUUCGAGCUUUUGCAUUUCUCAACUGACAUAAAAUUUUCAAUCAAAACUAUUAGCGGCCAGAUCGUCAAUUAUGUUUGUAAAUAUGUUUGCAAUGAUUUGUUAUCAUAUGGAAUUAAAACAAAAUAAAAGCGUCAUUGGAAUAUUGUUGCAUUAACUUUAUAUUUGACAAUUAUCUUAAGUGUGUUACUAAGCGUGUAAAUUAAGCAAAAAAAAAACUGUGUAUUUAUAAAAGCUUACAUAGGUUAAUAUUUGUUUGUAAAAUAAAAAGUCAAUGUUUUUUGUAAAAUCCAAAAAUUGAAUUAUUUAAUUUAAUCCAAUUCGUUGAAUGCGUUUUGUUUCGAGGCUUAAAAAAUUAGCAAUUAACUGGUGGGUACAACUACAAAAUUCAAAUUGUUUUUACUACAUAUAUUCAAUUUGAAAUAUUUUUCUAACGCACUUAUUUAAAUUGAUUUCAAUUAAUUAGUAUUCUAGUUAAAUUAUGAUUUUUUAAAUAAAGUUUGGUUUUACUUCAAGCUACACAUCAUUUUUUUAUUGUAUGAAUUUUAAACCAUUUUUGAUGUUAAUAUUUUACUUAAUAAAAUCUUAAUUAAUACAAUAUUUCAAUUACAUGUUUUUUGUAAAUUAAUUAAAAUAAAUUGUUGUUGUGUAAAACUUAUUAGCAUAGUUAAAUUUUAUUAGUAAAAGAAAUUUAAAUAAUUUCUCAAAAACUUUUCGUUGCAAGCUGUAGAUUUUUGCUUAACGUACACACUGAAAAAUAACUUUAAUAAACAUUAAAAAAAUUUCAUUAAUUUCUAGUUAAGUAGUAUGAUUCAAAAAUUAUCUUUAUUAACAAAUUAAUUAUGACACGUGAAAGUAUUUUUAGCAAAUAUUUUAUAGGAGCCACGUGAAUCAACUAAAAAGCAAGCAUUCAAUAAAUAAAGAAAUAUUAACAAAAAACAAUCAAGCCAAUUACUAAUUGAGCUAAUUAAGGCGCUGUCUGUAACAGCUGUUACGAGCUGCCUCUCCCCGAUAUUCAGUUUACAACUUACGAGCUGUGUGGAGAUUGGUUACGGUUUUCAACCCAACUGCAUUUUGGUUGAAGUUUUCUAUUCUCGUUAUUAAUAAACAAUCUGCAUUUUUAUCAAUUAUUAUUAUUAACUCAAUGUGUCAAAAAUAUUUAAGUUGAAAUAUUGUCUAACUUCAACUUUUCUGUGGUAUUACAGUAUUCAACUUUGUGAAAGUGGGGUUGGCUAGAGUGUCGAUAAACUGAAAUGUUAUCCCUACAUUUUUAAAGAAAAAACAUAGAAACUUCAAAUUUAAGAUGGACUGGUUAUUAUCAUUCGAAAGAACAUUCUUUGGCAUUCAUUUUUUGAAUACUAUCUCGUUCACAUGUUCGAUGCGGCUAUGUUUCAGAUGAUCCAUCUGUCAAGUCCAAUUUUGAUAUUUUGCUCAAAGGCCUGAAUCGAAGCAAGAUUGUCCACAUACACUUUACACUUUAUAUAUCCCCACAGGAAAAAGUCUAAGGGUGCCAAUCCACUGGCCCAAAACGUGAAAUUAUCUGUUCAAUACAUCUAUUGAUUUAUUGGGAAGUGGCGCCGUCUUGUUAAAACCAAAUGUCGUCGAGAUCACGAGCUUCUAUUUUAGGCAUCAAAUAAUCAGUUGUUGUGGCGCGAUAACAGCCGCCAUUGACAGUUACGUUCUCAUCGACAAAAUUUUUGAAGAAAUAUGGACCGAUAAUUCCACCGACCCACAGAUUUUCUGGUUAAAAUGGCAGCUCUUGAAUCUUUUCAGAUUGCUCUUCGUCCCAAAUGUGGCAAUUUUGCUUGUUUACUUACCCGUUGAGCCAGAAAUGGGCUCGCUGAACAAAAUUUUGCUCGAAAACGUUGGAUAUUCUUGUCCAUUUAACACUUAAUAAACUUUCAAUUAGGAAGUUUCAAUGGAUUGGAGUGAUCACGAAGGUUUUUUUUUCUUAUAAUUGAUAACUUUAAUGCAUUUUUUUGAUUUUAGUUGGGUUGAUCUGAAGUUCAAUUCAACUGAGUGAAGUUUUAACUUUUUCACCAACAAAAGUUCGAAUAUAACUGUCGUGUAGUUGUUAUAAAUAAAACUGAUUAUGUUAUAUGAAAUUCAUGCUUAAUAUUUAGAGAAAACUCAUACCUAUAUACCUAUAUGUACCUAUAAUAUAUUUUUUAAUUUAAAAAAUUAAAUAUUUUUAUGACUUUUUCACACACCGAAUUAGGGAAAAUUCCAUGUUUUCAUUAUUCAAAAUUAUAUGUAUAAAUUUUUUAAACUAUUUUACCAAUAUUUAAUUUCCGUGUUUUGUAGUAUACACCUAAGUGAACCUAGUUAUUUAGGAUAGUAUGAUAAUCUAUAUGAACACCUUAACUUAGUACGAAAUUUCGAAAGAGCUCUAACACUGAACACAAUCACUUACUUCGAAAAAGAAAAAGUAAAAUGAAAAAUUCAUAAACAAUGCAAUAACCAUCAGCUUUACUAAUCACAUUACUAUGAACAUAAAAGUCAAAAUAUUGGUUUCAAGCACACACACAAGGAACACACAAAAUUGUAAAAAAAGUAAAUAAACGAAAAAAAGGAACUUAAUGUCAGAAUAAAAAAUAAUAAAAAAUAAAUUUAGAACCAAAAAUUUUAAAGUUAAAUUUAAAUAUGUAUGGCAAAAGCAUAAAAACAUAGUACGAACACUACAUCUCAAGACCCUUACUAUAAAGCUAACUGUAGUUUACUUACACUCAAAAUCAUGUAAUUCUUGUGUACUCCUGUGUGUGCCCACUCCCGAAUCGCACGUAAUGCCGGCAAUUCAAAGUAUAAAAUGAAUUCUACAUAGCAAAAUCCCUUAGCGAGCGUCAAUAUUUGAGACUUAUAGCCAAAGCUCGUUUAGUUAUCCGAAAUUCACUCUAGUUUUCAAUUGCUUUUCGCAUUAAUUUUUUAUUUUCACUUUCAAUUCGUUUGCCUCCUGCUAUGUACAUAAAACUUUUGCAAUUAAUUUCUAUUUUUUAAUUAAUCUAAAAUAUAUUUAUAAACUUAAUUUGCUUGAUUGAAAAGCGCAAAUAUAAGCGUUUCGACAUUAGCGUUGGAUGUAUGUAUGUAAUAAGCUUCAAGAAAUAUUGAAAAAAAACGAAAAGAAAAAAUAAAUAAGAGUAACAACUUGAAAGAAUAUACAAACAUGUUCUGUUGGAAAUGUGAGCAAAAACAGUUAUGUAAAAGAGUAAAUAUGUGGUAUAAAAAAAAAAUCUAUAUAUAUAUGUACAAUGGAAUUAUAUACAUCUAAGCAAAUAUACAUAUAUACAUAAGUGUAGCAAGGAGAGAGCAUAGAAAUUGUGGGAAGUGUGGACCGCAAGUCGUUGCUCGUAAUGCGAGUUGCGUUCCAUUGUGGCGUGCGUGGAGGGUUAAGAGUGUGGAUGUUGUUGAAUAUCAAAGCGCGGAAGUAGUUACUCGUGCAUACAGGGUUUUUUCUAGCAACCGAGGCAUUGUAAUUGUAAUAACAACGUAUUUAUAAUAAUAACUAGAUUGUUGAAGACUUGAAUAUAAGUGUUAAUACUAAAUUUAUGUAUUAAGCGUGAGAAUAAGUGUGAUUAAUUUAGCAAAAACCCCAUACAUAAUGAAUAUAAUGAACUUACGCGCAUGUGACAUUUUUAAACCAAAAUCAUGUGGCACAGAUUAUGGUUGGAAUUAUGUUUCUUUUUUAGUAUUCAUUUUCAGCCCACAUUAGAGGCUAUAUAGAAGAAAAGAUACAAAACCUACAAAAAGACCUUCGCAUAACGACAAAACGCCUAAAGCCUGCUACAAAUACGAGUAUAUUGAGGCGGCUUACAUCAGUUCUUGCCAAUUCGCCAUAAAAAGUAUGGCAACCCCGAUCUUUCAACUUUAGUCGGGCGAAAGCUGGACAGUGGAGAAGCAAGUAUCUAUAUGUUACCACCACAUCUUCUUCGUAGCAAGUUUGACAAGUUGGGUCCUCCAAAGUCUUUAGCCUUACGGCGUGAGUGCCAAUGAGACACUGUCCAGUUAGGACGCCUAUUAUUGCGGCGAUGUAAGCCUUGCUAAGAGCUAGCAGUUCAAUGAACCAUUUACGUUCCACUCUGGGCCAGAAGGCUUUCGCAAACUCACAAAUGCUGUUUGCUAAUCAAUGCUUGCCGAACUCGCGCGUGCCCCAUAAAUCGAGCGCACGUACAUAUGCAUGAAGACAGGUGAACCCCUGUUUGCUCCUAUCCUGACGGCAGUUGUGUAAGUGUUUACUGUCAGCAAGUUCAAGGCAUGUUUGCUGCUUUUUUAAGAAAAAUUGUUUUAGAAUGAUCCAUAUUUCAUUUGCCACAUAUGCGAUUUUAGAAAAAAAGUUUUUUCUGUUCUGACAUCGAGUACAGACAUACAAAUUUUUCUUUUUUUUUAAUUUAAAGCUAUUUUGCGUAUGCUGAGUACACAAUGUAGCUUAAUAAAUAAAAUUAAGUGUUUUCUUUUUAGAUUAAGGCUAUGAAACACCUGUUACUUUAUGUAAUAGUUCCUAUGUUCCAAUAGUCAUCUUGUUCGAGGCUAUACAGUUUCUCCUAACUUGAUUGAGUUAAUUAACAUAUUUUUUACUUUUAUGUAAACAAAUCGUUAGUUGCCUAGAUUAAGUGUAUAAAAUACCUGUUACAUUAUAGUCGAUUAGUUACCUCUUAAUUGAGUCAAUUAGCAUAUUUAACCUUUUCUCGAACGAUGUGUAGAUUAAAGCUCUCCUAAUUGAGUUAAUUAACAUAUUUUUUUACUUUUAUGUGAACAAUCGUAAGUUAGUUGUCUAGAUUAAGUGCAGAAAAUACCUAUUACAUUCCUUAUUCCUAUCGUCAUUUUAUCAAACACUAUAAAACCCGUGCUGUAAUGGCUUGAAAGCAGCACAAUUGUAUCAUUAUGAUUUCAUUGAAAUAAAUAAUUUCGGUUUAAAAAUGUCACAAGUGAAAUGAGAAACUGCAAACAAAGAACUUAUUUUAUAAUUAGCAAAUAGGUUGUGGUAAUUUAGUGGCUAAUGGCACAUUGAAAAUCUAAUUUGAUCCAGCUCAAACAUAAUUUUAUACAUGUUUUCAAAUUAUUUUCGGAAACUACAAUAAUAAAGUAUAAUAAUUUGAGUCGUCAAUUAUGCAGAAGAUUUGCUGUAUGAAAAAAAAUUAAUGAAAAUUCAAAUGAAGAAAUAAAAAUAAAAUAAAAUAAUAAAAGAUAAAAAAUAAUAAAUAAGAAAUAAAAAUAUAAAAAUAAAAAUAAGAAAUGAAAAAAAAAAAAUUAAAAAUAUAAAUAAAAAUGGGAUAUAAAAAAAUUAAAAUAAAAAUAAUAACAAAAGCUAUACAUAAAUAAUUAAGUUACGCAUAUGUAUGUCCAAACCAUGUAAAUAUUACUUUCAAACUAUUUUGAAAUUAGAAAAAUGUGUAGUAAUAACUAUUAGUUAAGUGUAAAAUAAUACAAAUAAAAGAAAAAUAAAAAAUUAGGCGAAUAAGUAAAGAUAUGAAUGUAGCACAUAUAAAAAUGAAAACGUAACUGUUUUACAAAUUAACUAAGUCGAGAUUUUAAUGGGUUUGUGUUAAUUGUAUUAAUUGUAAAAAUAUUCAAAUUCAAAUUGUUUUGUUGCAAAAUAAGAACUGAACACAAUGAAAACACUAAAAGCGGCAUGAACAGAAAAAAAAUCAUAAUAAUUAUUAUUUAAAAUAUAACUAGGAAAUUUUAAAUAUAAUUGUUAAGAACUAACAAGUAUAAAAGUGUCACAGUAAAACAAAUGUCGCAGCGAGAGGAAACAGGCGCACCAAUGAGCAAAACAACAGCAUUAAGCUCUAAUAUCAUCACCUAAAUGCUAAAAAGGCGUCUUGGACAUUUGCUAAUAUUGUAAACGCUAUGGAAAUCGACAGCUAAAAUCGUAUGUCGAAGCAGGGAAAGAAUGAAGCAGGUUAACUACUUUACAUCUUCAAUAAUAUUUAAUAUUUUAACUAGCGGAAAGUGAAAGCUUGUUUCGCUACGCCAUGAAAAAGUGAAAGAAAAUAGCAAAACAUUGGCAUUUAGAUAUACUUUUUUACCGAAAUUCAUGCCGAAACUAAACACAUGACCACAUAUGCAUGAAAGAAGUAGUUACAUAUCCGCCGGAGCAAAAUAAUAUAAAACACUGCUAUAACUACAUAUUUAAUAAUGUCUGCUCAUUCAUUCUUCAUCAUAUUAGAUUGGCAAAUAUCGUAUGCUGUAGGUUAAAGAAAAAGCAGCGUGACUUUUUCUAGACGAUAUUCUUAAAUGUGCUAAAUGUGAGAUCUGUAUAUUGUUGAAAUCUUGACAAUUUAAUAAAUCGCAAAAAAAUUUUGUUUAGGUGAAGCUUUAACAGCUGUGCUUUAGGUUAGGUUUUGGUCCCUUGCGAUACCAGAUGGAGUUCAGAUGAUAUGUCCUUGAGAAGUAGUCAUCCUUUAGGACUCCUUCGCUUCACACGAAUUUUAACACACUCUGCGGCCUCACUAUCGAUACCUCCUCCAGUGUAUCAUGUCAUGGGGACCACAGAUGCUUACAGCGAAGUCUUACCAAUGCGGGACAAGUUCCCAAGAAAUACUCCAUUGUUUUUUUGGUUUCCUGCUCUAGACACUUGCUGCUUACUCUGGACAUUAUAUUCCCACAACAACUCCAUUGUACAUUUUCGGGCCAUCCAUAUAUGUAGAUGUUUAGAGUGUUGCGCGUUGUUAACAUACCUUUAUGCCAGCCAUCAUUUUCUAUGUUUGCAGCUUCUUCCUCAGUUGAAAAGUGGGGUCAUGCCAACUGCCAUUACCCACCGAGCUUUGCUCGAAACUAGUUCUAUAUAGAAAUUCUCCUGCAACCAGUAGUCGUCCCGCCGACUUUGCGAAGAAGUCUAUAGGCUGCAGGUUUAGUACCAGUUCAAAAGUUUUUUUUUAUUAAAUAAAGCAUACAAAUAGGGCUUUUAUUUUGACUGCUACUUAUGUAUGUAAGACCUGAUUAUUUUGACGCUGCCGCCAACUAACUCGAGCUUGCUCAAUGACGGCUUGAUAAGUGACGCGUGUCACCUUCAAUAAUUCCAUAUAAAUGCGACCCAUAGGCUCUCCAUAAGACACUGGCUUGUAGUCGAAAACUUUCUUACUAAAGUAUACGCAAAGCAAACGUCGAUCGGCUAUAUACUCGUAUAGUAAGUCUAGCAUGCGAGAUCGGUCAUCAGCUUUAAGCUUGGCUUUUUCGUAAAACACCAACUGCGUUCCAUUAAAGGAUUGGGGUGUGUGAAUUUCCCUUAACUCGUUGCAAUCAGAUGCAAUAAUAAAAUCUUCUUCCUCGAACUUCAUAAAAGUUGAGACCAGUAAUGAACAGCGUAACGAGCUGAGUCGAUUUGGUCAAGUCCUUCUGUCUAUCUGUAUACAUACAUAUAUGCGCACUAGUUAUCGUUUCUAAGAUAUCGUUCUGAAAUUUUGCACACAUCCUUUUCUUCUCUAGAAACCGCCGAUAUUAGACAAAUAUAUCAUAUAACUGUCAUACAAACUUAACGAUCAGAAUCAAGUUCUUGUAUGGCAAGCUUUUUCAUUUAACGAGAUAUUUUCACAAAAUUUAAUAUGUGAAAUGAAAUUAUUCUGAUCGGAACACUAUAGCAUAUAGCUGCCAUACAAACUGGUCGGUGGAAACACAGUCCUUGUAUGGACAACUUUUUAAUUUGUCAUAAUAUCUAACCAAAAUUUGGCAUAGAUUAUUGCUCUAGCUAACACUACAACCUUCAAAGAAAUUGCGCAGAUCGGACUACUAUAACAUAUAGUUGCCUUACAAAGUUACGGUUUAAAGUCAAGUUCUUAUAUGGGAAACUUUUAUAUGCAUAGAGAUAUCUUCAUGCAAUUUGGCAUGAACUAUUCCCUAAGGCAGGAAUGUAAUCUCCGAAGAAAUAGCUUAGAUCGGUGUACUAUAGCAUAUGGCUGCCAUACAAACUUACCGCUCAAAAUCAAGUUCUUAUAAGAUUUUUUUAUUUUUCUGUAUAUUUCUAUUAGGGUGAAGAUAACUGAAGUUAAUGUUUUUAUUUUUUAAAACUGACAAAAAAAAAAACAAAACCAACAAA